AUGUUCUACGGCAACAAGAUAAAAGCGAUGAGAAAUAUCAAAUACAUUUUAAAGUAUUCAAAUCGACGCAGCAUUCAGGAUAGCGAUUUUGAAGGAUUGGUGAAAUGCUCCUUUUCGUUGAUCUACUUCUUUGGGAUGAGGAUAAAAAUCAAUAUGCUCGAAGGCAGUAACUGGUUCCCGUGCAACAAGAAACAGUUCAGAUACUCAGAGGCAAUUUUCCAAGAGACUAUGAGUUUGCUGCAACCGGAAAAUAAUGAGCAUGUCAUACGUCUCACGCUGGAUUUCCUUUCGAAAGUAUCACUGUGGCCCUUCGAAAAUUUUGUCAAACAAAUAUUAGAGGUGCUACUUUAUCAUAGUAGGGGUAGAAUCACGUUGUUUAACAUGAUGCUGACUGAUAUACAUUGCGUGGUUUUCAGCGAUGUCAAAUCAGCUCGGCACCGAAUGCGAGUGUUCUACGAGCUGUUGCAGAGCAAGAAUUGGCUUAUUAAUAAGCACAAGCUUCUGCCGUUCAUCACACGACUCCUAGACUUUUUGGCGUGCAGCAUAACUAAGGGUGUAGACACUUUUUCGGAUUACCGUUACCUGAAGCGGGGUUUUGAUGAUUGUUUAAGGAGAAUAUUCGAAAGAGUGGAAAACAGUCACCGCUUAACCAUAAUAACAACAAUGCUAAACUCGUUUUCUAUGGUGACGAUGACUAAUGAUGAAAUUCUUGAGUUCUCCUCACUGGUUGAGCACGCUGCACGGAUUUAUAAAGUUGGGCUAUUUAGCGAGAGUUUAAAUGAAAAUAUACUGGAUGUGAUUUUGCCAAAUUACGUCGGAUCGCCAAGUGGAGUUUAUAGCCUGGUUGGAUGCAGACUUUUAGUGGGUUUGCUGGACAGACAGAAGAACGCUGCGAACUUGUCUAUACCUACGAUAUAUUACGAGUUUUCUCAGGUGACACUUAAAAUAGGGGAAUACGACAGCAACGAUAAAGUAUUCAUUCGACAAUAUAGAGAGCAGCUCCACGUCUUCUUGUUCAAGGUCGCCCGAAACCACCAUUACAGCUUGAUCAAUUUAAGAACAAUGUAUUCAUUGAUAGCUUGCACCAUCCUCGAAGUUCCGUGUGGCUUGACUGCAGCCGCAGCAUCUUGCUUGGCUAUGACAAUCCAGGACUUUGCAGUCACAGCGGAAGAGCUGCCAGAUAAAAGCAGAUACUGGUUGCAUGCUAUCGUCCUAUCCAUAAUAUCCUUAAUAUGCUGGGUGCAUAAAGCCCCUGAUCUGUAUCGGUAUGUCAACGAAAUUGUAUCAAGACGUGCAAAGGAUGCACCCCAAUUAAACCCUGCUUUAUUGAAAACCUAUAAGGAAUACAACAAAUAUACGUACUGGAAGAAGCCGAUGCUCUAUUUCGAGGAUUGGGAGUUACGGUAUGGCUUAUGA